CCUGUCCCGUCCGCCUCACUCUGGUUAUUCCCAUAAAACUAAGCAAAGGGGCCUGACUAGGGGCAGUUCUCAGUAAGUCCUUGCAGUUACACUGCAGUUCGGAAACAAUAGUUUAUGAAUCAGCGCCUUCUGGUAGAAAACUUUCUGUGCUUGCCAUUUUCAUCAUUGAGAGAGAUACAUAUGUUUGGAGAGUUUUCAAUUUAGGAUACUAUGCUUAUUUUAUUGGUCAUAUUAUUGCUGGGAAUCAAUCGCCAAAAAUAUAUUUUGUAGCCGCACAAAUGUAAUAGAGGCGCUGUCUUUUUUUUUAGAGUCUUUUCCCUCAGUUACUUGGAAACUACAGUCGUUCGUAUUCGAAUUUUUGAUGGUCUAUCGGAAGGAAAAGAUGGAUAAACAGUGAGUCGGUGAAGAUCAGGUCUAAGAAAAGUAACAAAAAGGGGAGCCCUACAAACUCCAAGGUGCCGCCAGUGUGCUAUGAAAUAAUCACCUUGAAAACUAAGAAAAAGAAGAUGGCUGCUGAGAUAUUUCCCACUAGGAAACCGACCAGCACCACCACUGUCCAGAACUAUCAUCAGCAAAAUCUGAAUAACAAUAACGCUGUCCCGGCUCCUAACUGGCAAGGGCUGUACCCCACCAUCCGAGAGAGGUAUGUGAAAGGGAGACCUCCCCGAAAUGCAGUGAUGUUUAACAAUGACUUGAUGGCAGAUGUUCAUUUUGUGGUUGGUCCACCUGGGGGGACACAGCGGUUGCCAGGACACCGAUAUGUCUUGGCCGUUGGAAGCUCUGUGUUUCAUGCCAUGUUUUAUGGAGAGCUUGCAGAGGACAAGGAUGAAAUCAGAAUCCCUGAUGUGGAACCUGCUGCCUUUCUUGCUAUGCUGAAGUACAUAUAUUGUGAUGAGAUUGAUCUGGGUGCUGAUACAGUGCUGGCCACCUUAUAUGCUGCUAAGAAGUACAUUGUCCCCCACCUGGCACGUGCCUGUGUCAACUUCCUGGAGACCAGCUUGAGUGCCAAGAACGCCUGUGUGCUGUUGUCACAGAGCUGCCUGUUCGAGGAGCCCGACCUGACCCAGCGUUGCUGGGAGGUGAUCGAUGCGCAAGCCGAGCUUGCUUUAAAAUCCGAGGGCUUCUGUGACAUUGAUUCCCAGACGCUGGAGAGCAUCCUCAAGAGGGAGACUCUCAACGCUAAAGAGAUUGUCGUCUUUGAAGCAGCACUCAAUUGGGCUGAGGUUGAAUGCCAAAGGCAGGAAAUGACUGUCACCAUUGACAACAAGCGCAAGGUGUUGGGCAAGGCUGUUUACCUGAUACGCAUCCCUACCAUGGCAUUGGAUGACUUUGCCAACGGAGCAGCCCAGUCGGGCGUCCUUACCCUCAAUGAGACCAACGAUAUCUUCCUUUGGUACACUGCUGCCAAGAAGCCAGACCUGGAGUUUGUGAGCAAGCCUAGGAAAGGCUUGGUUCCCCAACGCUGCCACCGUUUCCAGUCAUGCGCUUACCGUAGCAAUCAGUGGCGCUACAGGGGAAGGUGCGACAGUAUCCAGUUUGCCGUGGACAAGCGAGUGUUCAUUGCUGGCUUUGGACUGUAUGGCUCGAGUUGCGGUUCAGCAGAAUACAGCGCCAAGAUCGAACUCAAACGACAAGGGGUCAUCCUGGGCACAAGCUUGAGCAAAUAUUUCUCCGAUGGGUCGAGCAACACCUUCCCCGUCUGGUUUGAAUACCCAGUGCAGAUUGAGCCUGAUGCUUUUUAUACAGCAAGCGUGGUUCUCGAUGGGAAUGAACUGAGCUACUUUGGACAGGAAGGUAUGACAGAGGUACAGUGUGGGAAAGUGACCUUCCAGUUUCAGUGUUCCUCAGACAGCACCAAUGGAACAGGCGUGCAAGGCGGUCAGAUACCAGAGCUCAUAUUCUAUGCCUGAAGUUGAGCUCCAAACUACGUAACACUACAUUACUGCAUAAUGGCCAUAAAAUCUUUAUAUUAAUUAUUCAAAUUCCAAAAACAUGCAUGAAAUUACAUAUUCCUUUUUUUCUUUCUGUUUUUCUUGUAGCCUUUUAGAAAUGUAUUGUGGGCUGGACCUUAUGCAUGUAUAUAAUUUCAAUUUCUUGAAUCCUGAUAUAAAGUAGGCUAACUACUGUGUCAUAAAUAACUUUAAAAACAAACGGCAAGCCCCACUGAAUACUUGUCCACCUCAGUUAUAGAUGGUCACUGCUGUGACAUGAAUUAUAUACAGCUAACUAGCACUGGAUGUCUGUGAUAUAAAAAUGGUUUUGAGAUAUAUAUGAAUAUGAUAAACUAGUCAUUUAAUGUCUACUUUGUACAAAGUUUAGGAUUAUGUUUCAAACAAAGGUAGAAUACAUUGUGCACUUUCAUAUUUUCCAGCAUAUAAAUAAGCUUUCAAUAUAUCAUUACUACACACACUGGAUAAGAUGCCGGCCAUUUUGUUUUUCUGCAGGUUUCUGAUGUACUUUUAAUUGUGAUUCCUUUGUUUCUGUAUUUCUGGGAAAUUGAUCUAUGCCUAUUCACACAUCAUAACCAAUUAUAGGGUGUCCUCAGUGGCUUACCUUUUAAAAGCACUGCAGUUUGAAGUGAAUGGUGAGUCGAGCAUUGGUCAAAUCCCUCUUGUACCAAGUUGAUGAUAUUGGCUUGUGACCUACAUGGAUUGCUGCAUUGGCUUUCCAUAGCAUUAGGUAUGAUUGGGUUGGGCUAGCCUUACUACACUCCAGCGACCACUACUGGUCAAGCUUUCGACAAGUCCUGUCCAAGACUUCCCAGUCUGGGCCCUUGUCUACAGGUUUCAGUAGCUGGGUUAGAUCCAUUGCGAAGUUCAGUGGGUGAAAAGAGAUUUGCUUCACAGCAGCUGCAUUGAUAUUCAGUCCUCUUGAUCAGUAAGUGGAUAAAAUAUGUAAAACUCACUUUUUUCAGUUAGUAAUGAAGAACGUACACAGAUUUCAAAAUGCAUCUUAAAUUGGACGCUUCACGAUGUGUUAGUCAAGUCCUUGUGCAUAGCCAAUUUGGAAAAACGAUUUUCAUUUCAAAUCCUUCAUGCUUUAUGUGGUGAAAUAUACAGAUCCCUUUGACUGGUGAGGUGAGGAGUAGGUAUGCGUAGUGACUUGGUGAACAUUGUGUAAAUAAGCCGGCCAGUAAGUUACCUUAAUCUUUGGGUUUGCUGCUAGCAUGUACUGAUACCCAGAGGAAUUGCUCUCAGUUAAGAACAGAAAAGUACUGCUUCACUGCUUGAUUCCUGGCAUUUUGCCAUUUAAAUAAGUUCCAGUAUCUGCACCCGCUGUAAGAACUACAAUGGAACAAAUGAGUACAGACUCUUCCAUUUGUGAUUUUAACAAGAUUUUAUUCUAGCACUAACCUCAGUCAGCAUUGUGUGAAAGGAAUGUGUAUAUUUCCUAUAUCUGGAAGAGCCUUUAUGCUUCAACCUUUCAGUUUUUAUACUAAGAUAAACAUUUGACAAAUUAACCACAUUUGAUUCACAUUUUUCCCACGCAAAUAAAACCUUAUCACCAAAGGUGUUUGUGAUGAGUUGGCGUCAUGAUAACCAAUAACAAAUUAAUUGAACUGUGUGAAAUCCUUUAAAAUGUCAAUGUUUUUGCAUAGGCCAGCCGGCGUGAACCUGUGACAAGUGUUUUCAUGUUUGUAAAGCACGACCAUGUAACAGACUGCAGAAUAUAUCUAUAUCUAACUCCAUCAUUGUAUGUGGCAUUUAAGUUAUUUGAUAAAUAUCUUCAAAUGUGAUUUUAAAAAAAAACAAAAAAAACAUUUACAUUAAAAACACCUAUAAAAAUGCUGUUCAGAAUAUCAAACUGAACCGACAGUAGGGUCAUCCAGGAGAAAUAUAGUAUGAAUCAUUGUUAAGUGAUGCUUGUGAAACCAUUAAUUAGUGUAAAAUAAUAAUUCAAAUUAUUGACGCUGUGUCUUUUUUCAAUUUCACGCAUCGACUAGGGGGAAAAAUGUGUACUAGGGUCACAAACAAAUUCACAUUUUUUAUCAAUGAUUACGUUUUGGGUGUCUUGUAUUUACCCUGCACAACCCUGUAUGUUCUUAUGCAGACUGUUCAACAUAAGUUGUACGGAGGUAAAUGUUCUCAGUUUUGCAUAUAUUGCACUGAUUGUAGACCACCUGUUUUUAAAUAAAUAAAUAAACUUUUAGUUCUGCAACUUUUAGUUACGAAGGAAAUUAUUUAUGAAGUACCUCACAGUGAAUGUUACUGUACGUUAAGUGUUACAGUGCUAAUAGAUACAUAAUGUGUGUGAUAGUUGCAAAUAAAAAUAAAACUGGCCCUGUAAACCAUAAAAGAG